AACAAUCCAAUCAAUUCCUGAUGGACAAAGUCAAGUCCCACCCUACAUUUUUUCUUUUUCGAAAAGCCUUUUCACUCUGAUAUACAUCACUAUAGGGAAGAAAAGACUAGUGCGGCUUCUGUUUCAUGUGGACUUGAAUGUUCCAAAGCUAAAAGGUCUGCACAGAUAAAGCUGUAGCUUUUUUCCCACUUCCUCAAAAAUGAUUUCAUUUGAGUCACAGUGAUUUUCUCUCAUCAUAAAUACACAGAAAACUGUUAAGCCCUUUAAGACCUGUGCAUCCUCAAUAGACUCAGUUAAGUGCCAAUAAUGGCUCUCCUCUGGGUGUAAACCUCCUGCAUUCUACAGAUGAAAAAUCAAACUUGGCCAACCUUCCUGGGCUUGGAUCAAUCUGUAUCCUUAUCAUAACCCUUGUAACAAACAGCCUAAAAGCAAGCACUAUCAGUUCUGAUAUAAACAUAUAUAACCAAAGCAAACUGACGUUUAAACAAACACCAUAUUGCAGAGCAACAUUGUAAUUAGAACGUGAAAUGGACCUAUAUUUAGUUUUUUUUUUUCUUUUUUUUUUUUCAGUUUUGGCGAGAAACCUAUAAUUGAACAGACACUUCCUCUCUCGCUUUCUGCGGCAUUACGCACUGCACAACCUGCCCUUACUGACGCUCUCGGUCUCGUAUUAGGGUUACAGGGGUCUUAGACCAUAUCAGCCUGUUCAGCCCUGGGCGGUGCAACACCUCUGUCAGCUCUCUGCAGUUAUGCACACCAGGGAAAGGAUUUUUAUAUAUCACACAAAUUAUCACGGACACAUUCUUGGCUUCGCACCAAACGAAAACGCGUUCAUUUUCAUCUCUGAGAUCUAAAGUCUGCUGUGAGCGGGAGCGUUUUUUUUUUUUUUUUUCUCCAGAAGGACAUUUAAAACGGCAAAAAAAAAAUUAACUUUAAGGAAUUUGCUUUCUCUGGAAUAGUUAAAUAUGACCUUUUUGCGCGCGUCCUGGAGAGCUGAAAAGUGAUUUUUGCGCAAAAAAGGAAACAAAUCGAAGUAGAGCAUGGAUAACGGCACUAUAUUAAAAUUAAACGGCACUAUCUUCAAAUUAAACAACAACACUACUUCGUUAUGGACUGAUUAUAGUGUCGAAUACAAGGUCGCGAGCAUCUUAUUAGUGAUUCUUAUUUGUGGAGUUGGAAUUGUUGGCAAUAUUAUGGUCAUUCUUGUGGUUUUAACGACCAAGCACAUGCGUACCCCAACUAACUGUUACUUGGUGAGCCUGGCAGUUGCAGACCUUAUGGUCCUAACGGCAGCAGGGCUGCCCAACAUCACCGAGAGUCUGUUCGGUGGCCAUUGGGUGUACGGAUACGCCGGGUGCCUCUCCAUAACUUACUUUCAGUACCUGGGCAUCAACGCAUCAUCCUGCUCCAUCACAGCCUUCACCAUUGAACGCUACAUCGCCAUUUGCCACCCGAUAAAAGCGCAGUUUAUGUGCACCCUCUCCAGAGCCAAGAAGAUCAUUGUUUUCGUUUGGGUUUUAACUUCCCUCUAUUGCGUUAUGUGGUUUUAUCUUUCCGACACGACAGAGAUCGUUUUUGACAACGCUGUCCUCGUUACAUGCGCCUACAAAGUAUCCAGAAACCUGUAUUUGCCAAUAUAUUUCACAGACUAUGCGGUGUUCUACGUUAUCCCGCUUUUGCUGGCCACUGUUUUAUAUGGAUUGAUCGCAAGAAUUCUUUUCCUCAACCCACUGCCGUCGGAUCCCAAGGAAAGUCGAAGAAACUGGAAGAAGGAGUCAUCCGUGCAUGGGAACUCCAGGAGUUCCUCCAGCAGCACGACUGCUGCUUCUCGCAGACAGGUGACAAAGAUGCUGGCAGUGGUGGUGAUUCUCUUCGCCGUGCUGUGGAUGCCCUAUCGGACGCUGGUGGUGGUCAACUCCUUCCUCAAGGAAGCCUAUCUGGACACCUGGUUCCUUCUGUUCUGCCGUCUCUGCAUCUACAUGAACAGCGCCAUCAACCCGAUCAUCUACAAUGCCAUGUCGCAGAAGUUCCGCGCCGCCUUCCAAAAACUGUGCCAUUGCAGGCCCCAGCGCUCCGAGAAGCCCCCCACGUACAGCGUGGCCCUCACGUACAGCGUCAUCAAGGAGACCUCCAAUGGAGAAAGCCCAGACCACUACACCACAGAGCUAGACGACAUCCGCGGAGCCGCCGAAGAGCUCCUGCCUGAGAGGAAAAGGUUGUCAUUUAAAGAGUCCUCACUAGCUUCUAAAGGCACAUUGGCUAGCGCUUAGCUCCUUGAUGGUAUGUGUUGAUUAGGUUGCUUAGUUUGCAGUUUCACAGUGCCUCAGAGUGCCCUAUAUUGGAGUUGGCGCCACAUGAAUUUUGACAAUCACAGAAUUUAAUUUGCAGAUUUGAAACAAAGCAGAUUUAUUCAUAACUUUCUAAACUAGACUAGUAUGUUGGCUGAAGACCAAAAUAGGCCUUUUCCAGUCCUGUGCAGGUGGGGUAAUGAAUGGUUGAAUGAUUGAACAUGACAGGUGAUGGUAGAUUUGGAGGUGAUUGAGUGUGUGAGCUCAGGGGGGAAUUCUCUGGUACUUCCACUCAGAAGAUUUGUACCACUGUGGACUCAAAGCACUAGCACUGUGGUCACCGUGGUAAGAGCCACAUGCAUCACUGCUAAAUCAUCACUCUGGAAAACUAGUUCCAGGAACAUUUGUCACGUUGAUACUCACACUGCGCUCUGAAAAAAUUGGACAGUUGAUUACUUCUCGGCUUACAUUUGUUUCAAUUGUAAGCUCAAUUUUACAAUUGUAGGCUCAAAUGUAUCCUGCCCAAUCUUUUGCAAAGGAGUAUAAAAUUACCCGAUUGUGAGUCUCAAAUCAGCAUUUUACACCGAGAACCCUAAUAGUAGAUUUAAAGGUGUUGCAGUAUCAAGUCCUUAAAGGGAUAGUUCACCCAAAAAUGUCUUUCUUCUGUUGAAUGCAAGAAAAGAUAUUUUAAAGAAUGUGGGUAACCAGACAGUUGAUGGCACCCAAUGAUUUCCAUAGUAGGGAGAAAAAAAAGUACUAUGGACUAUGGAACAUUCUUUAAAAUUUCUUCUUUUGUGUUCAACAGAAGAAAGAAAUUCAUACAGGUUUGGAACAACAUGAGUGUGAGUGAAUGAUGACAAAAUGUUCAUUUUUGGGUGAACUAUCCCUAUAACUUUAGCAUUUCAGUAAGUCACGAUUGACACCCACUUCCCACAUUUAUCAGUCUAAAACCCGAGUUAACAUGUCUGUUGCUUUUGUCACAUAUAUUGUGAAUAGCACCAUCAGCUGAGGCUGUUUUCUCACGGUGGCAUUGAUUUCCUAGCAGAGCUCAAAUUUGCAGAAGGUACACUGCAAAAUUAUGGAGGAGAUCAUUUGUGAUUUUGGAUGUUUAUAUCUAUCAUUUGCAUCUUUGUAGAAGGGAAGGUGAUUUAACAAUUAUUCUAUGCUGUAAAUACCUGGUUUUAAUAUCUGAUUCCUUGAAAAAAAAAAAAAACAUGUUUCAGCUCUCUCUCUGUAGUUUUCAGUAGUUGGUUGCUGUAAAAUACCUGCGUGAACAUGGAUUGUAAUGUGACACUUUAACCUAUCACAACUCAAAUGUUUUUGUUUUUUUCUUCUCAUAAUCAGUGAACACUUUAGAGGAUGAAAUGUACUGCUGUUUUGAUGUAAGCAAAAAAAUGUGUAUGGUAGUAACAUGUUUUGUUUAAAUUGCCUUUCUUGGUGUUUUAAAACAUGUUUUGUAUUUGUAUUUUGUACAUUUGUUGUUUAAAAUAAAGUGAUAGAUAUUUGGGAAAUUC